GAGAGGAUCUGAUUGGUCGAUAUUGUGUCCAAUCACAGAGCUCGUUGAUCGCAGGUGGCAGAGGGAAAGCCGAAGCGCUGUAGUGUCUACGGCUGCUAAUGCUGAACAUUUACUUACGUUUAUAGUUAUAGUUCACAGUCAGUUAAAAUGAGCUCCAUUGGGACCGGGUAUGAUUUAUCCGCCUCCACCUUCUCACCUGAUGGAAGGGUAUUUCAGGUCGAAUAUGCCAUGAAGGCCGUAGAAAAUAGCAGCACAGCAAUUGGCAUCCGCUGCAAAGAUGGAGUCGUGUUUGGCGUAGAGAAGUUGGUGCUAUCCAAGUUGUAUGAGGAGGGCUCCAAUAAGCGCAUCUUCAAUAUUGAUCGGCACGUUGGAAUGGCUGUGGCUGGUCUUUUAGCAGAUGCACGAUCUCUCUCAGAGGUGGCCAGAGAAGAGGCCUCAAACUUCCGCUCCAAUUAUGGCCAUGACAUCCCACUGAAGCAUCUUGCAGACAGAGUGGCCAUGUAUGUCCAUGCUUACACAUUAUACAGCGCUGUGAGGCCUUUUGGAUGCAGUUUCAUUCUGGGAUCGUAUGAUGAAGAUGAUGGUCCACAGCUCUACAUGGUUGAUCCUUCUGGGAUUUCAUAUGGUUACUGGGGCUGUGCUAUUGGAAAAGCCAAGCAAGCUGCCAAGACAGAAAUUGAGAAACUACAGAUGAAAGAUAUGACCUGCAGAGAACUGGUGAAGGAAGUGGCAAAAAUUAUCUAUAUCGUUCAUGAUGAGGUGAAAGACAAAGCCUUUGAGCUUGAGCUUAGCUGGGUUGGAGAAGUCACAAAAGGAAGGCACGAGCUUGUCCCGAAAGACAUCAAAGAGGAGGCGGAGAAAUACGCUAAAGAAUCCCUGGAGGAGGAAGAUGACUCGGAUGAGGACAACAUGUAAAGAGUGUUGCAAACCGCUGUUUUUCAACUUCACUGACUGUAUACCAUGUUUCAGACAUUCUGGCAACUCUCAGCUUGACUGCAGACAAUAAAAUGUUUUUUAUGUUUUCUAAUGGACUAAUGUAGUCCUAUGUUUUCCUUUUUGCGGGUUUCAAACUUAACAAUAAAUUCAAUUUAUAAAACUGUA